UCAGAACGGACUUCCGUUCGAAGCGGAAAGCAGCCCUGUUUAUUUGUUUGUGGAAUUAAAUCAAUCUUAUACGUCGUUUUACUCUAUUUAUAAACACAAACAAGGCAUUCGAUUACUAUAAAUAACAUUUACAACAUUCCCAGCGCCAUUAUCCGCUAUACAAGUCAGUAAACACGAAGUUUUCAGUCAUAAUGCGUUACCUAUUUUUAACUACUAUAUUUAGUGUGGUUUUUGCUUACGAAAAAGAUGUGACUGUUAUGAUACAAGCAGGAAAAGUGGAUUGUUUCUACCACAAGGUGCAGCCCGAUGAAAUUAUCGAUAUUGAGUAUCAGGUGAUAGACUCGACCCACGGCGACUUGGACAUCUCGUUCCAGCUGUCGGACCCUGGCGGGCGCGUCAUCGUCGCCGACUACAAGAAGCCGGAGAACAGCCACCGGCACACCGCCGCCAUGACCGGAGACUACAAGUUCUGCUUCGAUAACAGCUUCAGCACCUUCAGUCAGAAGACGGUAUUCUUCGACAUGCUAAUAGACAAUGAUGAGCAGGAGGAGAAGGAUUACGAUGACGAUAAGGAAAUGGAACUAGGUACAGCAGCAGAGACUUACAUGAUGCGAGUCCGGGAUAUAUCAGAGUCGGUGUCCCGGGUCAAGGACAAGGUGUCGGCGGCGCGACGCCUCCAGGAGCUGCACUCCGCGCACGAGGCCAGGGACAGGAACCUCGCUGAGGAGAUGUGUAACAGAGUCCUGACUUGGUCAAUAGGACAUAUAAUAUUGAUGUUAUGUGUCGGGUUUACACAGGUAAUAUUUGUGAAAAGCUUAUUUGAAGAUAGCAGAAACUUCAGGAAGCUGGUUCCCGGGUUAUCUUCGUAGUCAGUAUUGCCAUAUGUAAAAAUAAUUAUCACUUGGUUAAGAUGCGGGAUGAAAUGUGUUUGAAUGAUGGAUGUAUGGAAUUAAUGUGUGUAUGAGUUGUAGAAUCACAGACCAGUCACGAUGUCUGUUAUAAGUAAUGUAUGAAAAUCGAUCGCUCAACCCCAACUAGUAAAAUAAUUCAGCUUUGUAAUGUUUAGUUACAAAAAAA